UUUUCUUUGUAAUUUGUGGAUACUGCAGUUUACGGAUACAUUUAUUAACGCCAAGAAACAUGGAUCGAAGGCAACCUGAGUUUUUGAAUGAUCCGCUUUGGACACCCGAGAAAACGAUUGAGGUGUCCAAUGCAUUGAUGGUCAUUCCACCAAAGGAGUGGCAGGAAGACACCAUAUUAAUGUGGAUGGCUGUAGGCAUGAAAGCUGCUGUUUUCAUCUUCGUGGUUCUGGCCCUUAUCUGGAGAUCAGCGCUCAUUGUCAAAAGAUGGAAGUGUCUGGCAAAAGAAAAUGAGUCGCUGAAAGAACAGAAUAUGGUUUUGAAGGACAUCUGUGAGACAUUUGCAUCGGCAUUGGACCUACAUGAAAAAGAAUCUAAGAGGGAGCUCCAAAAAGUGAGAAAGCAGAUGACUGAGGAAAUGAACAAUUUCAAAGCGACACUGGAGAAUGAAAUAACCAGGCAAAAGGAAAAUAUUGCAUCCAUUUACAGCACAUAUGACACCAUCCUAGAGCUGCAGCAGCAUGAAAUGGAUACUCUACAGAGGAAGCUGUCUCAGGUGCAUUCUGAAAGACAUGAGAAAGAUGUCAAGAUGGUGGAUUGUGUACUGCAGGAAGAGUCAAUGAAGUUUAAGUGGGAGGAGCUGGAGGUGGAGACCACCACAGAAGAAUGAGAUCAUUUCCUCACACUGGGCAAAUGGGGAGCUGAACGUAAGA